GUAUAUGUUUAAAAAUGGAGAUUGAUCCGAAAUUUACGUUUGUGCCACUGAAAGAAAAAACUUAUUUCAGAAUUAAUGAUAUAAAUUCACAAGAGUAUCUUUGCAAAUGGGGUUUGAAAGGAAAUUUUGUCAUUCAGAAUUUUUCAUUCAACGAACAAUUUCAACAAUAUCACAAAUAUCAGCUGGCUGAUGCAUUUUUUAAAGACGACUCAGUUGCAGAAGUGUUAUUGUCUAAACAGGGCAAUGCCUGGGUAAAACAAGGUAUACGUGCAUCGAGCGUAGAGAUAAAGCAAGUGCCAUGUUCCGUCUUAUGUAUGUCUUUCUUUAAUAAAUUGAAGGAUCCAGAUAAUGGGAUAAUAUAUGGUGCAGAAAUGAUCUGUAAAAGAUAUGAUAUGCAAGUAGAAGAAUUUUUGGUGUCUGAUAAUUUGCGUAGUAUGCUUUUAGACGAGGAAUCGGAAGAAUACAAUCUGUAUUCGGAAGAAGAAAGAAAUGAAUUUGUGUUUCGAAUUUUUCAAAUGCUCGUCCUUGGCGGAAAAUUAUGCCAAUUUGAGGAUGCGUUAAAACCAUAUCUAGAUAUUACUAAAAGUAUCUAUAAGGAUCUUGUAAGAGUGCAGAAACAAAGUACUUCGAAUAAUUUAUUUAUAAGUACUAUGGUAUUGGAGGUAAUUGCUAAGGAUAGCAAAGGCCAAGAUUACUUUCCAUCUAAUUCUAGUAACAGGCAAAAUAUUGCGUUUCUAUUGAUAGACGCUGAUUCUCGCGAAAUUACAUCCUUUGUGCAUCAGUAUGGCGGAUAUUGUCCUGUAGACUAAAUCUGAUUACAUUAUAUAUAUUUUAUUCGAUUAUAAACAUAUCGUACUUAUUUCUCUUAUGCAUAUUUUCUUAAUUUAUGUUAGUCAUAUAAUAUGUUCGACUAGUACAUAAUCCUAAUUAAUCUACAUAAUAUAGGCUUAUAAACAUAAUAAUUUAUAUAAAAUGAUUUAUGAUAAUAUCAAUAUCAAUAUUUGUAUUUCAUACAAGAUAAUUUAUUCAAUUAUAAAUUGUGAGCUUAAUUAUAUUUAAUUGUCCUUAUUUGCAUUUAUUUAUAUAUAUUAUAUAAUUUAUAUAUAAAUACAAUUCUCUUGUUGUGUAUGUAUGUGUGUAGAAAUAAUUAUUUGAUUAGAAUGUAUAUAUUAUUAUUAUUUAUAUAUAUAUAAAUUAUAUACACACAUGAGUCAUUCAAUUUGUUGCAAAAAUUAUAAAACAAAAAUAAACCGCUAUUACAUGUAUUCAUUUGAAUUAAUUUAUAUUAUACUUAAUAUUAUUUAAUGAAAAUUGUAUUCCAUCUAAUUAAAUAUAAACAUAACUGAAACAUUUACAAUGUAAAUUUGUUGGCGCACAAUACUGCUACAUAUAUUAAUUUUAUUAUUGCCUUUCUCGCACACAUUAAAUAAUUUCUUGCAAAAUAUAUCAUCAUGAUAUUCACAAAAAUUAUACAUAUAUCCUGUAUUUUUAUCACAUAUACAAAUGCUGUGUAUAUUUAAUGACUUUAAAACGCUUAUCAAUAUUUUGCUCGAACACAUGUGCGUAAAUCUUUUUUUUGUACAUAUAUAAAUAGAACUUUUCUCCAUAUAUUAUUAUUAUGCAAAUCCAUUAAUCCAUUAAUUAAAUAAAUAAAAUUGUUGAACAUAUUACGUUUAAUGAAAGAUUAACAAAAUAUAAUUUUUAAUUUA